AAUACAUCCAUAUUUCCUUUCAAACCCGCUAGAUUUGCAGCUGUGUGCAAAUGUUAAACGCGAUAAUUCAAAACUUUUAAACUAAUUACAAACUUUUCUGAUUGGGCUAAGUGUUGUGAGCAUGUGCCGAUUCUGACAUGUUAUCAAAUUGUUCCAGAUUUUGGAAAGAUUCUUUGAAGUUUACUCUAGAAUGAUAGGAAAGAACAAAGUUGUCAAAUUUUGAGGUUAGAAAUGUUUUUUAUAUGAGUCACAACAACUUUGUUAAGUAUUGAGAAUUGGUGAAUAAUAAUACAAACAUUGGAAAGUGGUGAACUGUUACAUUUGGUGUAUCUAAAAAUUGUUGCAUGUCAUUACUCACUUGCACCACAAAAACUGUGUAAUGCACUGCAGAAUCAACAGGCAGUCGUAAAUUUUUACAAUGGAUCCAAUAUUGGUAGAAGAUUUUGAAGUUGAGGCAUUACCUCAAUCAGUUAAAAACAUUAUUACUUCUUUAGAGCAAUGUGUAACAGAACCUUCUAGAAAUGACAUUCUGGUUGGUGUAAUAUACAUUCUGAUGUUGGAAUAUGGAUUUGUGCCCAAUCAUUGCAAAGACAGCAGUCCAAACCAAGGUUUUAAUUUGAAGCAAUUACUCGAAUAUUCCAAGGAGCUACCUCAAAAUUGGAAGGAACAUGGAAUUUAUACUCUUUGGUUCUAUUUGAAAGGUUACGAACAAAAUCAGUGUAAUAUAGUGUGUUGUCCCUCAUUAGACGAUUUAAUAGUCAAUUGUUAUAUUACAAAAAUAGAAAAUUCAGUGUUUACAAUGUUAGUGGAUAGUUUAUCAUACUUUUCUAGUUCUAAUGUAAAUGCCAGGAGAUUGAAUUUUCAGAAUUUAAAAGGUUUAUCCUUUAAAAUCAAAUCAACUAUCUGCUAUCCGGUAUAUCAAACAAUUCUAAGAAGCCAUUUACGUUUUGACAAAUGUAUGGAGGCUAUGCCAUUUGAACUGAUCUUACUUCUUAAAAAAUAUUUGAGAAAAUUUGACUUCCAAAAUUUUCAAAUAGCUUUCAAUAUUCAAUUUUCAAUAAAUUACACGUAGAACAUCUUACAAAAAUGGAUGCCUCUUGUUAUUAAAUACAGUAAAACCUUGAUAUAAUGGGCUAAUUGGGGGAUGGGGUGUCUGUUAAAGCCGAAAGUCUGUUAUAUAAAAAUAGGUUUAAAAUAAAUCAAAAAACUUUUUUUCAAAAUGUGUAAGUAUCAAUCAAUGCACAAACCAUACAUACUUAUAGACGUUUCACGACCAUGUUAAUCUUUCGGAUCGAAUUAACGCCAUCUCUUGAUUGGAAUGGGAACUAAAAUGACAAAUUUUAGUUAUGUGAGCAUUUCAAAUUAUAAAUUUUGCGGGAUUUUUGAUGAAAUUUCGCAGGAAAUUAAAACAACAGAAAGACAGUUCAAUGUUUUAUUCCAUAUUUUACUGAAAACUUCAAAUAUUCCAAUUUGUUUUUAAAAUGCUAAACACUACUGCUAUGUGUCACGUGAAAGCACUGAUGUGUAUCGACUUAAAUGAAAAUUUUUGAAAGAAUCUUGUAGGAUGAUUGUUUAGUUAGAUAAAUACCUUAUAAUCUUUUACAAACUUCCAAAAAUAUAUAGGUCCGAAAUGUUGAUGACACACUUGCCUAUUGGAAUAAACUGUUUCAGGAUCUAUUAUAUUGUUUUUUUUUAAUGUGGAGAAACACAACACGGGAUGAUCAAUGUAAACUAAAAAUUCUACUCAUAAAAAUGGAGAGGAGGUUAAUACACUUGAUUAAAAUUGUGAUUAAAUCUAAUUAAAAACGUAACACCACUAUAAUAAAAUAAUUAAGCCACAAACUGUAAAAUAAAAAGUAAAUAAAAAUUAAUUUAAUUGUCAACUGUCAGUUGUUAAAUCUGACAAGAGAAUUGACUGACAGCGACAUCUCUUGAUUGGAAUGGUAACUAAUUUGCUGUCUUGACCUUGACAAUUUACGUGAAACGUCUAUGAGUAUGUAUGGUUUGUGAAUCAAUGUAUUACUGUAUUGAGAUAUAAAUAAAAAAUACAAAACACAAACAAAAUUAUAUGUAACAAUUCAUUUUAAUUCACAUUUUGAUUGAUAUUCAUCAUGAAGUGGAACUGAAUCAACUUUUGUUUUGUUUUGUUGUUUAUAAUCAACUGUCUAAAAUUAUGAAAAUGCUUAUAAUCAUGUUGAACUUCCUUAUCUGACAGAUAAUCAAUAAAUCCCACCUCCGCUCAAACAGUGUCAUAAUUCAAAAAAAGCAAAGUAUGGAGAAAACAAUGUUUAAAAUUUGUAUAUAAAAACUGUUAAAAUUAGUAUAAUACAGUCGACUAUCGUUAAUUCGAAACUCGAGGGACUUUUAAAAUAUUACGAAUUAUUGAGUGUUUGAAAUAUCAAAUGGUUCGAAAUUUGUGAGAGAAAAUAAAUAAAACUUCGAAUUA